AGUGGAGGCGUUGACCGUGGAUAAGUCGUACAUCUUCGCGGUGGCGGCGAAGAAUUCGGUUGGGCAGUCGGACUUUGUCGAGACGAAGCCAGUAUCGACAAGGCUGCAGUAUGGGCCACCACCGACCCCCGUGAACGUCAAGGCCACGGUGAAUCCGGAGAAGGCUCCGAUGAGUCAACAGUCAGUGGAAUUGACUUGGGAGUUGUCGGCAGAGACUGGUGCAGUACCGGCUGAUGUAGUCACCGAAUUCCUAGUGGAGAUGAAGCCUAAAGAUGGAACGCGUUGGCAAGAGGUAGCCAAAGAACUCACGGAGCCCCAUGCCACUUUGCCCACAGACACAAUGAAGGAAUUCACCGACUACGAGUUUCGUGUGACCGCGAAGAACAAGGCUGGCACAAGCAAGCCUUCUGCGCCCUCCAAUGCCAUCCAAUUGGGCGUUCCAUUGGAGUUUGUUCGUGAGGUGCCGAAGAUUGUCGUGACCGAGGCACCAUCGAAAGAUGAGCCAGUCAUUCUGGAGUGCGAGCUCUCAAGGAAGCCCAGAGAACAACCUAAGUGGCUGCGCAAUGGGAAACCACUGCCAUCACGCCUUCCUAAGGGCGUGAGUGUGGAGGAAGACAAGCAGUCCACUAUCCACCGCAUCACAUUCACAGAACUAACCGAAGAGGACCUGGGCGAGUACACGCUGCAGGUGGAGAAAAUCGCCUCUACUGGAGGUGUUGAGAUGAAAGAGAUUGAUGGGUACGGUCUUGAUGCAUUUGCAGUUGCGCCAUCGUUGCGUCUGUCGGAGAAAUUUGAGGAUACGAUAAUCUUGAAGGCUGGAGCGUCAACGGUCGUUGAGGUGCCAUUCGUGGCUAGCCCGAAGCCGAGCAUC